AUGAUUGCGACUAGCCCAGAACCCUGGCUUUACUUUAAGGAUAAGACCAACUCGUCGACAUUCUCCCUCUUUGACACCGGUUUGCCAUUGGAUGAGCAGGGCAGCAACUACAGUAUCUUACCUCCUCCACUGCAAGAUCCACACGAGUAUCGUAACUCUUUGGUGUUCAUUCGCGAGAAAGCUCUGGGGUCGACAUCGAUUGCAGCAGAUCAGGUCUUGGCCUAUUCUUCGACCUCUGGCUUUUGGCAAGACGCCGUCUUGGGAAAUAACGACACUUAUAUUCAAUGGUCAGUGAGCGGUCUGAUCACGGCUACUUUUGGAGCACUGAAUCCCGAACAUUGGAAGCUGCCCAUAGUCGUUGCGGAGAUCAAGUCCCCUACUGCUGCAUAUGACAUGGCUCUUUACAUCCCGGUAGAGUUGGGUAGAUUCGACGUACCACAGAGCAAGUAUCAGCAUUCGCUUUUACUCCCAGGAAUUGCUCCCCUCAUGGUUGCAAAGGAUCUCGUUUCUCAGACUAUCAACGUUAUCAAAUCGCAUCCUCCCUCGUUCAAGGUCUCCCAGAUCACGUCUCCUUUGGUGCGCCCUUCCUACCAUGUGCAAGGAAUCAGAAUUCUAGCGCCCCACCCUCCAGCCAUAGGUCUUUAG